AUGAAAUUAGGAUGUUCUAUUACUACUACUACUACUACUACUACUACUACUGCUACUGCUACCACUAAUAACGCUGUGAAAAAUCAUAUCAAUAACUAUAAAUGUUGUAGAAUACAUCAUUCACAAUAUACAAUAUUCAAAGAGAAACCUAUAAAUAAUUGCUGGCAAUAUGCCAAUCCUAAUCUAAAUGAAAUCAAUGAAGAAAAUGAAGAUUUCGAAUAUAUGUCGAAUAAUAAGCAUAUUAAACAUUAUCCAUAUAGACAUGACCAUAAUGAUGAGACAAGCGAUAUGGAUACAGAAGGAACACAAAGAGAAUUGGAAAUGGAGACGAAGGAGAAGGAAAUUAAACAACAAUAUAAUCAAUUUGAUGUUAGUUCUGGUGACAGUACUAGUUUAAGUUAUUCUGAAGGAAAGAAUGUCUUAGAUUUAAGAAAAUCUAAUACAAUGCCAUAUUCACUUCCAUUACCAGUUCUUGUACCGAUACCUAUUAUUACUCCUUAUAUAACUAGAACAUAUCCAAAUGUAACAAUGAAUUCGUCUAAAUGUUGUUCAACUAUUGGAAAUCAUUCUAGUGAAGCAGAAUCAUUGUCUUCCAAUCAGUUAGUGCUUGGUGUAAAACUACCAUUUUCUGCACUGGAUUCACAAAUUCGUGCCAAACCACCCCCGUUUGUACGUAUUCCUCCACCACUUUCAACAAAUCAUUAUCAUCGUCAUCAUCAACAUCACCCGCUUCAACAUCAUCACCAACAACAAUCAUCACCAUCAGCACUAAUUCAACAACAAAAAAUCAAUAUUAAAGAAGAUAGUAGUUGUUCUUCACCGUCUUUAUUAUCCAUCCAAGAACCUGUGAUAAUUGAAAAUAAAUCUUCUAACUUUAAAUCCACAAAUAAUGCAGUUAAUAGUAAAAAGUCAUCAAAUGACUCUUAUUUAUCAAAAUCAUCAAAUGAUCCACAGUACAUUAAUUUACAAAAUAUAUCUAGAACUUUCAACAACAACAACAACUUGUAUAUUACUACAGAUACUACUAUUAAUACUACUACUACAACUACUACCACUACUACCAAUCAGAUGAGAAAUAAUAGUAAUGAUAAUAUUUACACUAGUACAUAUGAUAAAGGUUCAUCAAAUAAAUUAGUAGUUUUGCCAUCACGACAAACUAUAGAAUCAAAAUUGAACACAAUACCUUCUAAUGAAUCAAUGAAAAAAUCGAUUGGCACAAUGAUAUCAUCAUAUUCUACAAUAACUUCAAGAAAUCCUUCAACAGAAUGUGUUAUAGUAAAUGAAAUGGCAAGUAAAAAUUUGAAACCAAGAGUUGCUUUUAUUGAACCAGUUAAUAAACAGACUAGUACUACCAGUACUACUAAUACUACUACUAAUGGUGAUAAUAAUGUAACUAAUAAAUUCGAAAUAUCUAACACUCAAAAAAACCAAUCUACUAAUGAAUCUAACAAUAAAAUAAAAUUAACAAAUAAUGAGAAGAAACCUGUGGAUAAACUGAAGUCAAGUUUAUCUGACAGAUUUCCUGGUUGGGGUGUCAUAACAGAUGACGAUGAUGAUGAUGAGGAUGCAAAUGUAAAUGCAGAUGAGAACAAUGUUCAAUGGGAGGAAAUAAUAACAAAUUUAGAAAAUAUAAAACAAUCACCAUUGAAAAAGGAUGCUAAAUAUGAUCGAAUAGAAAACAAGAAUUAUGACAUUCAUGAAAAUACUUCAAGCAAACAUGAAGAAACAAUGAAUACAAAUUGUAAUAUAAACAAUGAUAAGAUAACAGUAGAUGAACAAUAUCCCAAUUCUAAUUUAUCACAAUCAUCAAAUGUCAUGAAUGAUGAAGAGACAAUAUUUCAAGUUCAUCAACAACAACAAUAUUGGCAACCAUUUCCAAGACAAAUCUCUAUUGAAAAACGUCGUCAUUCAUCAAUUCUAACUAAUCCACGUAAAUCACUUGCAAUGAUCUUUUCACAAAUUAGUAAUAAUUUAGGAUUUACACAAGAAACAUCAAUUGAUUAUCCUAAUGAACAUUAUUCAUCUAAUUUUCAUUUAAAUACAAGAAGAAUAUCAUCAUCUGGGAAACGAUUAAAACAGAUGAUUUCUAAGCAUAAUACUAAUACUACUACUAAUAAUAAUGAUAAUAAUACUAAUUAUGAUAAUGCUCUUUUUAAUUCUGAUGCAGACAUUUAUAAAAAGUCAUCUCGAUCAAGUUUUAUACAACAACAUAAAGACUUAAAUCUUGAUAAUAAUAAUAAUACAAUCGGUAUACGAAAUAGUGUUUCAAGUCAACGUUUAAUGGAACGUAAUAUUUUUAAUACAAUAAUUGGUGGUAAUCCAAAUCAACAUAGAACUAGUGGUUCAAUCGGUACAUUAUCAAAUGUUCAUUAUAAUAAAUCUAAUAAUCCAAAUACUAUUUUAACUAGUAAUAAUAAUAAUACAAUGUCACCGACAACAACUACAAUGGAUCGAUCUAUUCUAGUUGAUCUUUUAUGUUGUACAUGUUGUACAAAUUCAGAUGAUGAAGAUGAAGCUUAUUCAAAUCUUAUUGAAAAUCAUCGUUUAGCUCGUAUUGUUACAAUGGGUGCUAUAUUAACUAUAUUAGGUUUAAUAUUUGCUUAUAUAAUACGUUCUGCAACUGAAACUCAAACUGUACCUAAUGCAUCAAGUACAACAGGAUCACCGCCAUCAUCUUCAACAACAACAUUAACAGUGGCUACAACAGUUACCAAUGUAACUGAUAUUGAAACAUAUUCUUCUUUUUCUACCACUACUAAUACUACAUUGAAUUUAAUAAUAAAUUCAACUUUAAAUCCUCAAUUCAUAAAACAAAUGAGAAAUAUUUCAAGUUUCCUUAAUUUAACUCAUAAUGAUGAAUUGAAUUCAGUUAGAAUUUUAAAUGAUUCAUAUGUGCAUAAUCAUGUGAAUAGUAACCUGAUAAGCACUAAUGAUGAUAAUAACAAUGAAUCACAUAACACAUAA